GACCUGUGUCCAUGAUUAGUCUCCAGGUGUGGUGUGGAGCUUGUUAUUGGUGUGUUCGUUUGAAGAAACUGAAGAAACGAGGAACUAAACGCAAACAUGAACCCGGAUCUGAUCCCAGCUUUGUGUCCUCAAAGAGCAAUGUGCCUAAAGAUGAGGUCAUUGAUUUUAACGUCUCUGCUGCAGAGAGAGAGAGGAAGAGGAGUGCUGUUUGUGAGGAGGAGCAGCUGCCCUGCUGUCCUUUCUGUCAGGACGUCCUGAAGGAUCCAGUCCCUACCAGCUGUGGACACUGGUUCUGCAGACAGUGCAUCUCCUCAUACUGGGACCAGUCUGCCUCAUCAGGAGACUCAUCCUGUCCCCAGUGUAGAGAAAGAUCCAGAACUGGAGCUGGACUGCAGACAGCCAGUCAGAGCAGCUGUGUACAAACAGAUGUUGGUUUGCAGGAGGUUUUAGAUGAACAUAAGAUCAGUGUGAGGAGGAGAUGUGAACGUGUGACUGAAGGAAGUGAUAAAGCAGGAAGUAGAACCCUCCUCAACAGGAUCUACACUGAGCUCUACAUCACAGAGGGACAGAGUGAAGAGGUUCAUACCCAACAUGAGGUGAGGCAGCUGGAGACAGCUUCCAAGAUGGACACCCUCCAUGACACUCCAAUCAGGUGCAUGGACAUCUUUAAAGCCUUACCUGACCAACAGAGACCCAUCAGAGUGGUUCUGACCAACGGCGUCGCUGGUGUUGGAAAAACCUUCUCAGUGCAGAAGUUCACUCUGGACUGGGCAGAGGGCUUGGAGAACCAACAUGUCAGUGUGGUGGUUCUGCUUUCAUUCAGGGAGCUGAACCUGAUCAGAGAUGAGCAGUACAGUCUUCUGGAGCUGCUCCAUGUUUUCCAUCCAACAUUACAGAAGGUCACAGCAGAGAAGCUGGCUGUCUGUAAACUUUUGUUCAUCUUUGACGGCCUGGAUGAAAGCAGACUUUCAUUGGAUUUCACCAACAGGAAGCUGCUGUCUGAUGUCACACAGAAGUCAUCAGUCAGCCAGCUGCUGACAAACCUCAUCCAGGGGAAUCUGCUUCCCUCAGCUCUCGUCUGGAUAACUUCCCGACCUGCAGCAGCCAAUCAGAUCCCUCCCACAUGUGUUGACAGGCUAACAGAAGUACGAGGCUUCACUGACACCCAGAAGGAGGAGUACUUCAGGAGGAGAUUCAGUGAUGAAGAGCUGUCCAGCAGAAUCAUCUCCCACAUGAAGACAUCCAGGAGCCUCCACAUCAUGUGUAGUAUCCCAGUCUUCUGCUGGAUCACUGCUACAGUUCUGGAGCACAUGUUGACUACAGAGCAGAGAGGAGAGCUGCCCAAGACCCUGACUGACAUGUACUCACACUUCCUGCUGGUUCAGACAAAGAGGAAGAAGAACAAGUACCGUGAGGGACAUAAGAUGAGUCCACAGGAGCUGAUGGAGGCUGACAGGGAAGUUCUUCUGAAGCUGGGGAGGCUGGCAUUUGAACAUCUGGAGAAAGGCAACAUCAUGUUCUACCGAGAAGACCUGGAGCAGUGUGGUCUGGAUGUCACAGAGGCCUCGGUGUACUCAGGAGUUUGUACAGAGAUCUUCAAAAGAGAGUGUGUGAUCUUCCAGAAACCAGUUUACUGCUUUGUUCAUCUGAGUAUUCAGGAGUUUCUGGCUGCAGUCUACAUGUUCAACUGUUUCACCAAUACAACGACAAAGGUGGUGGUGGACCUUCUGAGGAUAGAUUGGAAUGAGUCACCUCUGAUUGUUUUCCUGAAGAGAGUGAUGGAGAAAUCCCUCCAGAGUAAAAAUGGCCACCUGGACCUGUUUGUUCGCUUCCUUCAUGGCCUCUCUCUGGAGUCCAACCAGAGACUCUUAGGAGGUCUGCUGGGUCAGACAGAGAUCAGUCCAGAAGUCAUCCAGAGAGUCAUCGACAACCUGAAGAAGACGACCAGUGAUAAAAUCUCUCCUGACAGAAGCAUCAACAUCUUCCACUGUCUGAUGGAGAUGAACAACCUCUCAUUAUUUCAGGAGAUCCAAGAGUUCCUGAAGUCAGAGAACAGAUCAAAGAAGGAACUCUCUGAGAUCCACUGCUCAGCUCUGGCCUUCAUGCUGCAGAUGUCAGAGGAGGUUCUGGAUGAGUUUGACCUGCAGAAGUACAACACAUCAGAGCAGGGACGACUGAGACUGAUUCCAGCUGUGAGGAACUGCAGAAAGGUUCAACUGACUCAGUGUGGACUCUCAGAAACUCACUGUGAAGUUGUGGCCUCAGCUCUGAAGUCCAACCCCUCCCAUCUGACAGAGCUGGACAUGAGUGACAAUGAACUGCAGGAUUCAGCAGUGAAGCUUCUGUGUGCUGGACUGGAGAGUCCAAACUGUCAACUGGAGACUCUGAGAUUGAUGAGCUGUGGUUUGUCAGAGAUCAGCUGUGAUUAUCUGGCAGCAGUGCUGAAGUCCAACCCCUCCCAUCUGAGAGAGCUGGACCUGAGCUGGAACAACAAGCUGGAGGAUUCAGGAGUGAAGCAGCUGUGUGGUUUUCUGGAGAGUCCAGGAUGUGGACUUGAAACUCUGAGAUUGAGGAGCUGUGGUUUGUCAGAGAUCAGCUGUGAUUAUCUGGCAGCAGCACUGAAGUCAAACCCCUCCCAUCUGAGAGAGCUGGACCUGAGCAUGAACAACCUCCAGGAUUCAGGAGUGAAGCAGCUGUGUGGUUUUCUGGAGAGUCCAGGAUGUGGACUUGAAACUCUGGGAUUGAUGAGCUGUGGUUUGUCAGAGAUCAGCUGUGAUUAUCUGGUAGCAUCGCUGAAGUCCAACCCCUCCCAUCUGAGAGAGCUGGACCUGAGCGACAACAACAACCUGCACGAUUCAGGAGUGAAGCAUCUGUGUGGUUUUCUGGAGAGUCCAGGAUGUGCACUUGAUACUCUGGGAUUGUGGAGCUGUGGUUUGUCAGAGAUCAGCUGUGAUUAUCUGGCAGCAGCACUGAAGUCCAACCCCUCCCAUCUGAGAGAGCUGGACCUGAGAGGAAACUACCUCCAGGAUCCAGAUGUGAAGCAGCUGUCUGAUCUUCAGCAGAGUCCAGACUACAGACUGGAGACUCUUUGGUUUGGAUGGUAAACAGGACAGUGUGUGUGCUGAGAGAGGAUGAGCUGUGUCCUGAUGAUCCAGAGAGGUUGAAGCAGGAGCAGCUUGUGUGUAGAGACGCUCUGACUGGGCCUUGUUACUGUGAGGUGGAGUGGAGAGGAGAGCUUCAUCCAGCAGUGACUGACAGAGGAAUGAGAAGAAGUGCAGAUGACUGUCAGUGCUGCAGAGUGAACUGCUCUGAGAACAGCUCCACUGUCAGACACAAUGUAGAGUCCAGCAUCAUCCCUGUGUGUCCCUCUGGAUCUAAUAGAGGAUCAUCAGUAUAUCUGGACUGCUCUGCUGCUGCUCUGUCUUUCUACAGUCUCUGCACAGUCUCUGUCUGACACUGGCUUCAGAGCCUCCUGGAUCAAACUCACCUGGAAAGGCUUUCAAGCACCUUUGAAUAAUAAACAUCAUGUUUUUAUAAGAUAAAUAUCAUGUUUUCAUGUAUGUGUGCAGAUUGAGCCUCAGUGGAUGAAUCAGUGCUUAAUAAUGAUCAAUAAAUGUGCUGAUUGGAAUAAAAGGAAUUACUGGGACUGAAUUUGUUCCUGCUUGUCUCUCAUGUUGAUCUGAUCCAGACCUGCAGCUUCUGCCCUCUGCCUCACAUUUGUCACCCAGCACAGCAGCUUUCCCAUUAAAUCUCACUUUUCCCACCUCUAAAAGGAGCCUCAGACACACCUGGAAACAUGGAUCAGAGAAGUGUGACAAGAUGAAGAACAUCUGGGAGAAAAGACACAACACAAGCUUCUCGUCUGUGACUGAAACCCUAACCGAAACACUCUGGAUCCAGAGUGUCUGUCUGGCCUUAAACUCUGAUUGCUGUUCGCUGUCUGCGUUGUUUUGUGACAAUGACCAGAGGAGUCAACUCUCACUUUGCUAGCUGGGGUGGAUUUAUUCUCCCAUAACUGUUUAAAAUAAAAAUAAAAAAAUAAAAACAGUACAGCGACUUUACUGGACUUCUGC